AUGAUUCUCGAGGCCGAGACCCUGCAUACCCACUCAUCUACUUUGAUGCGAGCCGACACCGGUAACCCAAGCAUCCCAGCCCCAGUCUCUCGCAGCAUCUUGAGCGCCUGCGUCUUUUUGGUACGGACCGCCGGCCUGCGCGUCUUCUUCAAGGGCAUCAAAGCAGCCAUCGUCUACCGUGCCUCCUUCCUCCUCACAAGCCUCUUCCUCGAGAAGAUCGAGCGCGUCAUGAUAGGUCCUCGGUCCAUCGUUCCGUUCGUCGCGCGUGUCCUCUCCACCGUCUUCCUCAGCAACCUCCAUCUCGCAUGGACGCAAGCCACGAUCUCCAUACCCUCUUCUUCGCUCGUCACUUCCGCGCCGACAUCCUCACCAUUCGAUCGGCCUUCCUCGUGGCGCAUCCUAGCCCUUCCAUCCCUUUUCUUCGCCGCCGUGCAGAUCCUAAUGGACCUACUACCUCGCAUCCUCCUCCGCCUUGUCAUCACCCUGGUCCCUGAAACCGAGCGCACCGCUUCCCCUUGGAAAGCCAAACUCGCAUCCCAGACCCUCAUCACAGCCUGCCGUCUCGCUCUGCACUUCCCGGCGCUCACUGCCCUCACCCUCAUCGAGGUUCGACUCCUCCCGGACAGCGAGAACACCAUCGUCCCGUCAAUCCGAGGCCGAGGCGCUAGAAUGAGCGAGCUCGGCGCGUUAGGAGUCACCAGCCCAUACGCGAGACCCGGCUCUGGCUUUUUCUGGGAUGCGGGCGCAGGCAUUGACGCUGGUGACGGUGACGGUCCUGGACUGGAGACUCGACUCGGGUUGGAUCUUGUUCGGUGGGCUACGGUUCUCUGGCUGUGCGAGCUUCAUGUGAAGAAUUGUUUGUUGCAGCUUGCGGUAGAGGUUCUAUUGGGGAGGUAG